GGCAUUCACUUAGAAGGCGUGUCGUCUACAGGCCCAGCGUCUCGUCCCGCGCAUUCGAAGCAUUCAUCGACCAGUGUUGUACCACUCUGACGGGAGCAUGUUGGGGAAGCUUUUUUUCGUGACCAUAUCAGGCUUGUUAGCUGUGUCUGCGCAGGAUACAACCGUUUACCUUGAAGAUAAAUGCAAUGCCCUCGUCAAUUUGGAAGUCGAAGACUCGAUAACGAUUCGCUUGAAGCGGGACGGAGAUUUCAGCCCGCCUUCCUGCCGGACCGUGCUGACUUUACGCCCCAAAGGAAAUGCUCGGCUGCUGGCGGCAGUUUCCGCUUUUGAUUUGACCGCGGCAGGAGAUGGGAAAUUCUGUUUGAGACAUUUCUUGAAGCUGGAUGGUCUGGAGGGCACGACCCAUAACGACAUCGCAGAACAGCGUCUCUGCGGCGGUCCGGAUAUCAAAACAUUAGGCCGCUACCUGUUCUCCAAUGAAACGGAAAAUACUCUUUACUACUCCCGGUCGGUCCCUUUCGAAAGGAAUGACAGUGUAACAAUCACGGUUUCAACCGUGGCUUUUGCCGAUGCCGACGGCACGUGCUUGCUCCCGAACCGAACACCCGAAGGCGAAGGAAAUUUCAAGUGUGAAUCUGACAGCUUGUGCAUCCCUCGAGUCCUGAAGUGCGACGAGCAGGCAAAUUGCAAAGAUGAAUCGGAUGAGCGUGACUGCAUCGGUACGAUCACGACUGAACCCGCGGCUCCGUCGGUCUCAACUGUAGCGUCUCUGAGUCCAUUUAAGGAAAUUGCCAGGGAUGAUCGUGCAUCGGGCAGCUCCAAGCGACCUCAGAUAAUUAUCGGAGCUUUAGGCGGUGUAGUCAUCCUGGCCCUGGUAGCAAUAAUUGCUUUGUUCCUAGUCAGGAGGAGUAAACGUCGAUAUAGGACCGUGACGACAACCAACGUCCCAGAAUCGGCAUCGAGACACGACGACAUAGAGGAGAUUAACACAGCUUUGAAACAGCCAGAAGAUUCCUCAGUCUAAAGAUCGAGCGGCUGAGCUACAGAUCUCGAUCGUGAUCAAGUGCGGUCAUCCCGCAUCGGCCGGAACAUUUUGUCGCUGCAAUUUCUCGAGAUACGUGGAAUGUCCAAAGCGCCGUCGAGGCGAGAGCGAGCCUCAUGCGUGGGGCUCGAAACUAUUUAAAUUUUGCUCAAGGAGAAAAGUGACCGCUUGUGAGAUAUGUAGAAAUCACAUCUACCUCAUAGAAGAAGAUUUGCGCUCCGAGGUCCACGGACACCGCGUAUCUGCCGUAAUUUUCGCACAUGUCGGAGGGCGAGCUCAUCCUUGGGAGCGGCGCGAAUCCACAGGGGUGUAUUUAUGGAAUCGAAAAUAAAUCAUUGAUGGAAUCCGA